AUGUCGGAUUCCACUACUCCUCUCAUGAGUUUGAAGGUACUCAUUUUAGCAGGAAUUUUCCUCGUCAUCGUGAUAAUCAUCGUGCUUCUGAUAUUCCUGUGCUUUCGCGGUAGCCGAAGCUGCAAGAAACGGAAGAUGUUACCGAAGCUACACAGCUCCGGCACUACUCCUUUAGUUUCGAAGGAGAUCGCGGUGGUUAGGGAGAUUGACCUCACGCGCUCCACUGAAAAACAGACGCGGAUUGAGAUUAUUGAAGAUGGUGAUGAUGGUUCGAAGAAGGAGGCAGAUAUGAAGGUUGAAAUUGGAGUGGUUAGGAAAAGUGACGUGUCGUGUGGGACCUACAUGCAGGAGGAUCCAAACAUAGGGUGGGGUCGGUGGUAUAGUUUGAAGGAAGUGGAAAUUGCGACACGUGGAUUUGCGGAAGGGAAUGUGAUUGGUGAAGGAGGGUAUGGAGUUGUUUAUAGAGGUGUUUUGCAAGAUGGUUCUGUUGUUGCAGUCAAGAAUCUUCACAACAACAAGGGUGAAGCUGAGAAGGAAUUUAAAGUGGAGGUUGAAGCCAUUGGCAAAGUAAGGCAUAAGAAUUUGGUUCGUUUAGUAGGAUAUUCUGCCGAAGGGGCUAGAAGGAUGCUUGUUUAUGAAUAUGUUGAGAAUGGAAAUUUGGAGCAUUGGCUGCAUGGUAAUGUAGGACCAGUUAGUCCCUUGACAUGGGAGAUUCGAAUCAAGAUUGCGAUUGGGACUGCGAAAGGGCUAGCCUAUUUGCAUGAAGGCUUAGAACCCAAAGUUGUGCACAGAGAUAUAAAAUCCAGUAACAUCCUUUUGGAUAAAAACUGGAAUGCGAAAGUUUCAGAUUUUGGACUUGCCAAGCUCUUAGGUUCUGAGAAAACUCAUGUAACAACACGCGUAAUGGGAACAUUUGGGUAUGUUUCCCCUGAGUAUGCAAGCACAGGUAUGCUUAAUGAGCGUAGCGAUGUUUAUAGUUUUGGAGUUCUACUCAUGGAAAUAAUCACGGGAAGAAGCCCUAUUGAUUAUUCAAAACCACCCGGAGAGAUGAAUUUGGUUGAUUGGUUUAAGGCAAUGGUAGCAAGUCGUCGCAGCGAUGAACUAGUUGAUCCUUUGAUUGAGAUUCCACCUUCUCCAAGAUCUCUGAAGAGAGUUUUACUGAUUUGCCUACGCUGCAUAGACUUGGAUGUCAUCAAGCGACCGAAGAUGGGUCAAAUUGUUCAUAUGCUUGAGUCAGACGAUUUCCCCUUUCGUUCUGUAAGCUAA